AUGAGUAACGAAAAAACAACGUAUGCAGAGCUAAAUUUGACUAAAAAGUCAAAAAGGCAACAAAAAAACCCUAAAGGUACUAAAGGCUUCACUUCAGAAACAGAGCAAGAAAUAUGCUAUGCAGAAUUAAAUCUUCGAAAUGCUACUCAGUCUCUGCAGGGAAAUGACAAGAACUACUGCUGCAAAGGAUUAUUGUCACCUCCAGAGAAGCUCAUUGCUGGAGUUCUGGGAAUCAUUUGCUUUGUCUUGAUGUGCCUUGUGUUACAAAUGCUUAUUACUCAUUCUACCCAGAAUCUAAGGCAGAAUAAUUCUUCCACAAUUAAUGAAACAAGGAACCAGAAGGCUCAAGGUAACUCUCUGGUGUCUCAUUGUGCUCAUUGUCCUCCUGAGGGAUUUACAUAUUCCAACAAUUGCUAUUAUACAACGGAUGAAAAAAUGACAUGGAAUGAGAGUGUGAAGGCCUGUGCUUCUCACCAGUCUAACCUGCUUUAUAUAGAGAGCGAAGAAGAAAUGAAAUUUUUGGAGAUCAUAUUACCUCCGAUUUGGGUUGACAUAUUUCGUGACAGAAUACACCAUCCAUGGAAGUCAAUAAAUGGUUCAACUUUCAAGCAACUGAUUAAAGAAACUUCAGAUGAAAAACAUAACUGUGUUGUAUUACUCUCACCUAACCUCCGAUAA